ACAGAAUUCUAAUUUUUUCGACCCUCAGAAAUCUGGACUUCAUGGCUGAAUGUCCGAACUGGUUUGCUGAUGGAACUUUUAAAGCAACACCACCGCUUUUCAGUCAGAUUUAUACAAUCCAUGGUGUUAAAUAUGAUAAUGUGAUACCUUCAGUGUAUGUAUUAAUGCCAAACAAACGCGAAGAAACAUACAAUAGAGUGUUUACGGUGAUAAAAUCUUUGAAACCGAAUCUGCAGCCCAAAACUGUAAUGACUGAUUUUGAAAAGGCUGCCAUAAAUGCCUUUAAAAAUUCCUUUCCGAAUAUCAUUCAGAGAGGAUGUUUUUUUCAUUUAAGUCAGUGUGUGUAUAGAAAGAUUCAGUCUGCAGGUUUGCAAAGUAAAUAUGAAACUGAUCCGAAUUUCGUUUUGGAAAUCUCUCAACUUGCAGCUUUGGCUUUCGUUCCUACUUCAGAUGUCAUUGAAGCAUUUGAACAAUUAAUAUCAUCUACUUAUUUUGUAAAUAAUAUGAACAUCAUUCAACCAAUCAUAAAUUAUUUUGAAGACACAUGGAUUGGUAGAUUUACUCGUCGUGGACAACGUCGCAGACCAGUGUUUGACAUCCCUCUUUGGAACUGUUAUGAUGCUGUAAAAGAUAAAGUUCCAAGGACAAAUAAUGCGGUUGAAGGAUGGCAUCGCAGAUUCAACGAACUUAUGAACGGAUGCCAUCCAACAAUCUGGAAAUUUAUUGAUUGCUUAAAAAAGGAACAAAAUUUUAAUUCUAUAAAAAUUGAACAAUACAUUGCAGGUCACCAUCCACCAGUAAGUAGAAAAGUUUACAGAGAUACAUCUCUCAGAAUUCAAAAGAUUAUAAUGGUCGGCCUAUUUUAG